CCCGCAACUGGUCCUACUGUUGAUUUGGCUGUGGUUGCUCUGCUUAUUUUUAUUUUGUUUAGUAAUUUAGGAAAAACAUACUAUAAGAUCACAGUGUCUAUACCGCAAUUAUUUUGAGAAAGCAGGACGACACAACAAAAACAACAAAAACUACAACAAGUACAAUAACGCUUUUGGCUUUGGUUCUGCACUCUUACCCACUCCCCCAAAAACCUUUCUGUACUGUCCUCGCCCACCAACCUGUCCCACUUUCAACCAACCAACCAACCAACCAACCACCCACCCACUUGAUUUGACUCUGAAGAAACCCAAAAGCAAUGUCGGAUCUCUUUACCACUUUCGAUAGCAACGGCGUCGCCGAGCACCACCUGCACCACAACCACAACUCCACAUCGUCCGCCAGCGGACAGUUCCACGACCCACCCAUGGCCUCGCCCUCCCAGCACAGUCCGAUGACCAACAACAGCAACUCAUCCUCGCAGAACGGCGUUCCGGUUUCCGGUUUGGGCACGGGUACGGGCAUGGGCACCCCAUCUGGUGGUAGCAAGUCAUCCAAUCACACAUCAUCCGCCGCCGGCUCCGAGAACACUCCCAUGCUAACCAAGCCGCGUCUCACAGAACUCGUCCGAGAGGUGGAUACGACCACACAACUGGACGAGGAUGUGGAGGAGCUGCUGCUCCAGAUCAUCGACGACUUUGUUGAGGACACCGUCAAGUCCACGAGCGCCUUCGCCAAGCACCGAAAGUCCAACAAGAUCGAGGUGCGCGACGUACAGCUGCACUUUGAACGGAAGUACAACAUGUGGAUACCCGGAUUCGGUACGGACGAACUGCGUCCCUACAAGCGGGCUGCCGUCACGGAGGCCCACAAACAGCGCCUGGCACUCAUCCGGAAAACGAUCAAGAAAUACUAGAGAAUUGAAACGAAUCGAAUCGGGUCGUGGCUCUGUUUUGGUUUGCCGGAUUUCGCGUAUGCCACCCGUGCACACGCCACAAACUAUUUUAAGCUCCAAUUUAGAAUAAAGAACAAAGUACGCCGUUCUAUUGUAGAUUUAAUGUAAUAAAAGUACACUAUUGAUUUCCAUUCAACAA